UACAUAUUAUCAUCUGUUAUCUGACAACCCCACCGAAUAAUUUCAGUAUAUCUAUUUCUGUCGACCAUCAGUCUCAUUGUUCACAAGAAACGUCCCACGGAAGUUCGUUCAAUAGGUUGUACAUAUUUACGUCUUUUCGAUACGCAACUCUCGUUUACUACUGCAAACGUAUCAUCGUUCCUCAUGAGUAUUCGAGUAUCCUUACGCGUUCGAAUCGAAAACGACAUUCGUGAAGGACAUCACCAUUGCUCUAUUCUAUAGGUAACGACUAGCGACACAUUGCAAUUUAUAUCUUACAUCGAAGUGGACGAUAUCGCAAAAUAUUGACGUAUCAUUUAUUAGAUAAAUAACAUUUAAAAAAACAAUAACAAUAGAUAAUUUUUAAUAACAAUAAAAGGUGAUCGGAGAUUUGUAUAAUUAAUUAAUUUCUUCCAAUUAGAACAAAUAAAACAAUUCAAUUAUUAAAUAUAUAACUAACUGCUGUACAUUUCACAGAUGUUCCUGUUAUUAACUGCCGUUUUGAAAUUAGCGAACUUAUGGAUUAAUUCUUAAUUCCAACGUGCGACGAUCUAGUUUGAGAGAGAAAAAGAAAAGGAGAGAGAGAGAGAGAGAGAGAGAGAGAGAGAGAGAGAGAAACAAAAGAAGAAAGAUUAUUUUUAACAGUAUUUCAUCGUUAACGAGUUUUUUAAUCUUUCUAGGAGCUUUCUUAGGCCACGUCAGCUAUCGAUUCAUAUUUCCUUCGAUUAGUCUUGAUUAAAUGGGUCGAGGUCUUUUGCAUUACGAACCAAAUUUUGAAUCCCAUUGGUUUAUUAUGAAGCCUAUUUAUCGCAAUAUUUCAGAGGAUAUGCGUAUACUUUGCAAAAGAGAUCAUAUUUUCGAUGUUCAUUUUUCUACGUUAAAAUCAUUAAGAAAUGCUACCGACAGUAAAAUAUCAAAUAGCAGUUUGUGGGUCGGUCAGCCAACAACGAUAAGUAUAAUAAUAUACAGCAUCGUUACACCGAUAAUUUCUACUCUUGGAAUAAUUGGUAACAUUCUCAUUCUUGCGGUUAUCUUAAAACGAUGUCUGAGGACCUCCACUUAUACGUAUCUAGCAGUCCUAGCCAGUGCUGAUCUCGUAACGUGCACUCUCCUUCUAUUCUCUGGCCUGGCAAGAGGAAUUUUCUGGUGCAAAUCAGGUUGGCUCGAGUUCGAUGCCUUCGUGCAUCUUCCACUUGGCUCAAUUUCAUCCAAUAUCACCGUAUGGGCUACCGUGUGCGUCACCAUUGAUAGACUUGCGUUGGUCUGGAGCCAGCCAAGUUGUAGAACUCCGAAGUUCUGCAGUCAGCACAUCGCCCGAAGGAUGAUGAUCGUCUCAACCUUCUUUACUAUCAUCAUCAAUGUCCCUUACUGUUUCAUGUACAAGUAUAACGAGCGUGGUGACUUAAUGACGACGCGAUUUUUUCAUUCGUGGUUGUAUAAACUUCUGAAUUGGCUUCAGCUAAUAAUCUUUGGCCUUCUACCAGCCAUAUUCUUGUUCAUUGCAAAUAGUAUUAUGUGCUUCAACAUGAUGAAGAUGCUCAACCAGCGGAAAGAAUUGUUGAAACGAUGUAACGCCAGAGAAUGUAACCAGUUUAGGGAUCAAACGAGAUUGACCGUAAUGCUGGUAGGCAUCGCAUUCGUUUUCGUCGUGGGCGAAGUUCCAACACACUUGGCAUCACGUCGUAGCGCAAUUUCUCUUUUAUAUGAUGGCGAUCUAACCAUCGUCCAUGAAGUUUUUCUCGAAAGAUUUCGUAUCUUCGCUACCCUCUUUAGCGCUAUCUCCAGCUCAUUCAAUUUCGUGCUCUACUCCCUCUUGAGUCCACAUUUUCUCUCACAUUUAAAACAAGUUCUCUAUAGAAAAUCUAUAUCACGGGAGGCUAACACAAUGAGGAUAAAUGCGAUCGUUUCAGGAAGUCAAUUAAUGAACGUAUCAUAUUGUAAUUUAUUCUCUUAA